UGCAGCUUUGACAUCUUUUUUCUCCUGCGCUAUCUACAACAGUCCCGCAGCGCUAUAGACAACCAAACCUCAUCAACAUGAUACCGCGAUAGUCUACGAGCACAAUAGCUCGAGCAUCAAACGCGAAACGGCCCUACUCUUGGCGAGCAAGACCGUGCAAAUCUUCGCCAUGCGCCUCUUCACCUCCACCCACACCUUCGACUACUCCUGGGAGGAAGUCUCCACGAACAACUGGCGCAAAUACUGUCCGUGGAACGACAAAGCCUCGCACGUCCUCGCCGUCGACACCCUCUCUCGCUCCUUCGACCCGGCCACCCACCUCCUGCGCACCGAGCGCCUCAUCACAUGUCGGCAAGCCGCGCCCUCUUGGCUCAAACCUUUCCUCGCGGGGAGAGAGGAGAGUCUCGUGUACGAGGUCAGCUAUGUCGAUCCCGUCGCGAAGCGGGUGACGAUGUGCAGUCAGAAUUUGACGAUGAGUGAGUUUUUGACUUGUGCUGAGAAGGUUGUUUAUACGCCUGCUACGGGGGAUGGAGGAGGUGCGGGGAGGACGAGGUUUGAGCAGGAGGCGCGGAUUACGGCGCUGUGUGGGGGCUGGGCGAAGGUGAGGCAGAAGAUUGAGGAGUUUAGUGUGGAGCGGUUCGGGCAGAACGCGGCGAGGGGGAGGGAGGGGUUUGAGAGGGUGUUGGCGAUGAGUAGGCAGGUUUUCAGGGAGCAGCGGGAGAGGGAGGCGGCUGGUGCGGGUGCUUGAUGGAGUUUGGGACGUGUGAUGGUGGUGGUUUGAGCUGCUCGCUACUUAUCCUAAUUGUGCUCAUAUUUGUAAAGCGUUCGGAGCGAGGCGUUGGCGUUUGGGACGGGGCAAGAAUAUACCAUGGAGUGUUGUUAGUGGGAGAUACAGUGUACUAAUG